AUGAUGCGCGCAAGGAUAAUUGUGGCUUUGCUGUUCAUGGCGAUGCUGACGAUGUGCCGCGGUGCAACGGGCGACGGCGACGAGGGGGAAUCCGCCGCAGACCUCGCACUUCGGACAGCCAUAACCGACGCCGCCUUUCGCGCGGUGGUGCACAAGGGUUACGGCAGCAUAGGCCCGCCCCUGUCAACUGUGGGCGUGUGGAAGCGCCUGGAUAGCAUCCAGGAGUACCGGCGGCUCCCUCAGGAUUUUCUGGCAGCGAAUGGCUUCAGCGAAUCAAUCAUUGUGGCCGGCGACAAUGGCAGGACCCGAGACGAGGUGGGCGGACGCUGGGAGGAAGCUGGCGGGAAGUCGGGCAACUAUGUGCAAUAUGUGUGCGACAAGCAGCUGCGCGGCUUCAUCUCGGUGGUCUCCAGGGACGGCGGGUCCGGUUACAGCUGGGCCCACAUCAAGAUGUUCAAGUCGCCGCGCCGCGAGAUCUACCGCGCGGUCAUGCGGUUCUCCCCCGGCGGCCAGGUGGAGCGGCGGGCCGUGGAGAAGCUCGAUCAGGAGAGGUCGGGGUUGAGCCCGCUGACGGAGCGGCCCGCGCUCGCAUCGCUGCGGUGCGGCUACCAAAAGUUCCGGUGA